AUGUACUCCACUUUCUCUGCCAACUUCGACACUGACGCCCGCGAGAGGUCAGCGUCAGCCACGCCGGUGACAGCUCCACGCCCCAAGCGGAAUCAGGUGGCUCGCGCGUGUGACUGGUGUCGGCUCAAUCGGGUGAGAUGCGACGACAAGCAGCCAUGUCAAAACUGCCUGAGUCGAGGAGGCCAUUGCAGUAACACAAAGCCACAGGAGGCUACCUCGCUCCCGGCGGCAAACCGGGAGAUGCAACGCCUGCGAAAUAAAGUCAAGGACCUGCAAGAGCAGAUUUCGAAACUCAAAGAUGAUGCGGAAAUUCAAGCUCAGGCAGGUUCCUUGACGCCGCCGUCGUCGGAUGCCAACCAUAGUUCGUUCGACUUUGGGGAACUCGCCAAUACUACAGAAGGUUGGCAAGGCCUCCAAGAGACCGGUCAGAUUUAUUACGGUCCCUUGUCGUCCUCAUAUUUUGUGACUCGAAUCACUCGUUAUCUCUCCCAGGCGCUCAAUCAGCCAAUUGACAAUGCGAAAUUAGAAGCGUGCAUGGCACGCUUUCAUUAUAAUCCCCCAACCCAUCAACCCUCGCGAUGGGAUUCAAGCUCUGCCAGUCAGGCGGAUCAGAGCCCAGACGGAAGUGAGGAGGCCGAGGAUUUGACCCGGUCGCAAGAGGAGCACUUCCUUAAUCUGCUCUGGCAGUCUUUUCACUGUGUCUAUCCCGUUCUCUCCGAAUCAGAAUUCCAGCAAUACUAUGACUCGUUAUGGUCCAGUCCAACCUCGGAUGGAAAUUCUACCCGGAAGCCAUCCGCGUUGGUCGACGUACUCUUGGCAGUCUGUAUGCAAUACAGCAGCACCUUUUUCGUUGGCGGAGACGAUCAAGAGGGAGAUUCACAUGCUGGCUGGCAGGCCAAGAAUGCCAAUCGCGUCAGUCGAGCUUUCUAUCAGAGGGCUCAAAGGCUUUUGCAAAGUGAACUCGAGAAUCCAGGCAUGGUAGUGGUGCAGAGCCACAUAUACUCGAUUGUGUAUCUGUACAACACCUCCCUCCUGAAUACGGCACAUAUCAACUUGGGUGCUACGCUGCGUAUUGCCCAUGCGGUGCGUCUGCACAUCCGUCCCCUGGAUGGCAUCUCUCCCGCAGAGCAGGAGCUACAUCGCCGAAUUUGGUGGACCCUAUAUCGGAUUGAUAGCCAACUUUCGAUGACCUUGGGCCGUCCUCCACUUAUUCAGCUGUCCCAUGUCAGCUGCGGGCUACCUGGAGAUUCUCGCGAGCACGCACGUCUAUCUGGCACAGUCCUCCUCUCAAAUGACGAGGACAUCAGCUGGCUUAGCUUCCAUGUCCAAUGUACGAAACUGACUUUUCUUGUCCAGGGCGUGCAGGCGGCAUUCCAGCGGAAGUGUUCUCAGCUGUUGAAUGGAGAUAAAUCCAAGGACAUUUAUGACGACCCGCGCCUCCUGGAAAGCUUAGCUGAGUUCCUUGGAAGAGAGAUGACGGCCAUUCACAAUUGGGUUCAAAAUGUGCCACAGGCUCUUUGCAAUGCUCGCAAGGGCACAGGAGAGCCCUUCUCCACCAACCGCGCUGCACUCAAUCUAUCCCUGUAUAGUCCUCUCUGGCUUCAGCGCCAACGCAUCUUGCUCGAGCUUCACUAUCAUCAUCUUUUGAUCUCGACAUUGCGUUCUUUCAUGAGAUUUCCUCCUGUCAGCUCUUCUAUCACCCCACAGACCGAUGGGUUUAAUAUUUCGUGUCUGAACCACGCCAUGGCAAUCACCAGUAUCCUAAACCAAGUUCUGUCCGAGACAGACCUCCUGCGCGGCUGGUCGCUCAUUUUCCAAUACCAAUGGGAUGCCAUUCUGUGCACCCUUGGUUUUGUACUCGCAAACGCUCUCUGCCCUCCAACUCCUUCCGCCCGCAAGUCCCUGCAGACCGCCAUCAGCACACUGGAACUAGUCAGCGAUCAUUUCCUAGCAGCGAAGAACGCGGCCCAAGUUGUCCGCGAAGUCAGCUGUCAGGCCGAUCGCCUCAUUGACCAUGUCCAGCAAGGCUUAUCGCGACGACAAGGCCCACGUGGCAGCCAAUCAUUGAUUACUUUGGGCCAGAAUGGCAAGGCAUCGUCCAACCAAGCAUCCUUCUCAACACCGGGGCAACAAGGUCAGUCUUCCGCUGUCAAGUGGGCCCUGCCACCCACAACGAUGGAAGUAUCGCCCCAUCAGUCAAUGACAAGCUUCGAAGCCCGCGUGCAGCUGUUGGAUAUGAUGCCUAUUGGCUCGUUGCCCGAACUGUCGCCUACAAUGGGUACGACCGAGUCUCUGUCGGGCGUCAUGCCGUCGGUCACAUCCGCUGAUCUGGUGGCCGGCACUGAAGCCCAGUGGAUGCAUGCCAGUGCAAUGAUUCUAGACUCGUGGACUACCAAUCCUUGA